GUGCUGAUUCAGAGCCCUCGUUUUCCACAUUAGGGGCUGGCCUCCCCCAAGUUGUUCCUACCUCCUACUGUCCUCCAUUCACAUGCAUGGCGAUGGUGAGACAUGCCAUGCUCCCCAAAUCAUCACAGCUACUGUACCUUGUGGUGUAUAUAUAUAUUCUUCUCCUCUUUACACCUGUUGCACACACAGUACACUAACCAGCUCGAUCUCAAUUACACGGACUGCACUUCAUCUGGCUCUGAUCUCUCUACCUUCUGAUCCUUCCUCCAAGCUGCUGACAUGGUAGGCAGCAAGACGCACCACCACGCCUCCUCCUCCCUCCUGCCGGAGGAGCUCAACCUCCUGCACCACAAGGCAAUGUGCUCCCCAGAAGGCGGUGGGGUCGUCGUCCAUGGCGCCGGGGGCGGCCGAAGCGCGCUGGGUCAGUGGAAAGGCCGGCUGCUCGGCGCCCUCCGGCCCCGGCGCCCCCGCUGCGUCGUGUGCCUCCAGGUGCAGCGCGUCACCGGCAUGCCCCCCGCGGCCGAGGGGCGCGGCGUGGUGGUCGGGUGGAGGAGCAAGGGCGGCGAGGGCGAGCACACGGCGCCGGCGCAGGUAUCCCGGGACGGCGCGGCCGCGUUCAAUGAGACGUUCCUGCACUACUUCAGCGCGGGCGGCGCCACGCUGCGGAGCUUCACUGUGUGGGCGGCGCUGGUGGCGGACACGGCGACCGGCGUGGCCGGGAGAGGGGACAUCGGCGCGUUCCCCGUCGACCUCGCCGAGGCGGCCGCGGACGAGAGCAACAACCCGAGGUUCGGCGGCAAGGCGCUCAGCUUCCCGCUAGGCGGGGCGGCCGCCGGGGCGGUGCUCACCGUCAGCGUUUACUGCAGAGUGAUGGAGGAGGAGGAGAUGAUGCAUGGCGCCAACGGCCAUCCGCGGGAGAGGAAGAACAAGGGCAAGAGCUCCUACGCCUCCUGCCUGCCGGACCUGAGCUGCCUCCGGAACAGGCCAGCCUCGGCGGCGAUGGCGUCGUCAGGUUCUGCGCGGCGUGCGACGUCUCUCCGGUCUGACCGUGGAGGCUUCAUUACGAUCGAGAACUCGGUGGCUGAGAUGGAGAGCGGCGCCGACGACGGCGCGUUCGGCCGCUUAGAGGACGACGAGGAGGAAGGCGCGGGGUUCAUCACGAUGGAGAAGGGUAAGAUCUCGUCGGGGUCACGGCGGGCGCUGCACCCGGACCACGAGGAGGAGGACGAGAAGCCAUGCCUGUUCAUGGAGCUGUCCGGAGAGGCGGCGGGGUUCGACGUGGAGGAGGUGGAGGACGAGUUCCUGGCGAUGCUGGAGGACAAGUACUGGGCGGAGCUGGCACGGAGCAAGGAGAUCGAGAAGGGGCUGAGCGUGAGCCUGGACGUCGGGCUUGACCUCGGCCUAAACCUGGACUCGCUCAUCAGGGACGCCGAGAUGGAGCUGGGCAGGGCGGAGCAGGCGUGGAAGAGCAAGGUCGGCGCCGCCAUCGUCGAGGAGGAGGAGUACAAGGAGCUCGUCCGCCGGUGGAGCGCCAACGCCUCCAACUCCGGCUGCUCCUGGGGAUUCGGCUUCGGCAGCCCCAUCUGAUCACCAGCGCCGCCAAGUCUAGCUCGCCGCCUCAUUGGCACUGUUACAUCGCUCAUGUAACGUGGGACAAGCCCGCGUGUAAGCCUAAUUAAGUAUACUACAGUAGUGUGUAAAAUAUAAAUACCAAGGAUUCCUGCAACAUUUGGGAUACAAGAACGUG